CUGACGACUGCCGGACAUCAACACGCUAAACGAGAGCCAACCGGGAGAUCAACAGGCCUUAUCAGCACAGGAACCCUAUCAUUAUCAAAAAAACACUUUUACCUAUACUCGGUUAUGCAGCUCUCCACCCAUUCGGACUUACUAAGUGAAAAUUCGGUGUAUUUCUCCUGCGUGUACCAACACUGGUAAUUAUUCCUUUUAUGAAAUACUGUUACGGGGCGAAACGCAAUUCAGGACGACAGCGCCUCAAACAGGACAACAGCUGCCGUUACUGGGAGCCGCAUCAUUCAACUGCGCUGAAGGGUACCAUCCGAAGGCUUCGCUGAUUAAACAGUAAUUGUGCCUGGUAUAACGUCGGGCCGACGCUGGUGAUAAGCCUUUUAUGUAAGAAAAACAAAGGAAAUCUAGUCACGAUCGACAUAGCGUAAGAAAAAGGUCGGAAGAAUAUGCAAGUCGCCGCACAAAGACUUUCUGACCCGCAGAAUUCGAUUUUCGGAUAGAUCAACCAGACUGGAUUCAUUCAAGCAUGUAGUAGGUCAUCCUUGUUAGUUCGGCUUUCUCAACAAAGCUGGUCAGUGAGCGCUGCUGUAGACCAGUCAUCACAAUAGCUGUAGCUGAAGAAAACGCUCCUCUUUGAAAGUUCUUUACCCCACGUAUCGACGUAAAUCAAUCUUCAACAGUGUCCAAGAACAAAUUAAAAACCAGUCUCUUUCCUGUUUAUCUGUCAAGCACAGUCGUGGCCUAAUACCUGCUAUUCUGUAUGCAACAGGUCAAUAGAUAUAACUGUAAAAAGUGCGUCCAGAAACUGUGUCAACUGCCUGUUUACUUUAGAUUCGGAUAAGAGACUUCAGAUCCCUCCGUAUCCGACACGAGCAGAGAUAACGUUAAGCUCCUUGAGGAGGCCUGUACUUUCUCUAUUGUAGUUACCCUGGACCGCAAGAUAUACCGACGUUACCGAAGAUUAUACAGACAUUUGUGGUUUUCCUUAAAAAGGACUUUCGAAUAUUCAUAGGAGGGUUCCUCCAGGAUAAACGCCACCAUACGAUUUCUGAGUACCUCCAAACUAUCAGUGAUUGUGGAGCCUUCGCAGAUUUCAAGCUGCCCUCCGCACGGCGUGUACGACUAUUAUGGGUUAGUCGGCGUAGUUUCGGGGACACCUGUUUUGCAGGGAGGACCCCCCCCACCUAGGCUCAGAAGCGCAAAGCGUCAGCGUCGCCCUCACCGAUCCGUUGGCUAACCCUGGGCAAAUUGCUUCGCAACAGGCAACUGGCGCUAGACAAUCGAUGAAUUGCAGCCCCGCUCAAUCUUCGGGGCUGACGAGUCGGAGCGGUACAGGUUUGUAUGACGACAUGAGCAGUGGCUCUUCUAGACAGAAUACGCCAACACCAUCUGCAUCAACGUCGACUUCAGGCGCAGCUGGGGGUCAUGGAUCCCUCGUCAUCAUCGGGUCAGCGGCCAACAAUACUCACGGAGGGACUCCUCUUUCGUCUCACUAUCAAAACUCGCAGACAGCUGGAGGCGGAUUUCGGAGGAUCAUCGAACAUCCGAUUCAUACCUCUGAACCAAGUGAUUCAGGCGACGAGGAGCGCCGGCGUGGCAGCGCCGUCACAUGGACUCCUGUGAAAAGUGUUAUCACUUCGAGACUUGUAGCAGAACGGUCGCGGACAACCGCCAUCUCCGCAGUGUCGAGUGCUGGUGACGAAUUGAAUUUGCCGCUCUCGUCGUCAGACAAACGGGAUACGACCAGCAGCAGCAGCGUAAGUAACGAGUUCCCCAGCCCAAUUAGCUAUAUGGCAAUCCUUCACCAACAUACAGCCUGCAGUGGGUCUGGAGGUGGCAGUGAGCACCAUAACAAUCAGGGAACGGCCAUGCCUCAUAACGAAGCUAUUCACCUACCCCAGCAGCACCAUGCCAAUGCUAUCAGUGCUGCAAGUCACAACGGCCAUUUGACCUGGGAACGCAACCUAAGUGAUAUCAAGCUGGAGUACAUGGACCUAGACGAUUUCCUCCAGGAAGGUGGAAGCCGAUGUAUUCGACAGCCACAGCUAGCAGGAGGGGCACAUUUACAACAACAGCGCCAACAGCAACAGCUCGUAGCGUAUGGACAGCAGCGGCAAAGCAAUGACGAUCUAGGGGGCACGGCAUCGCACCGAUCGUCACUGCAGCGAGCACGCUGUGAGCAGAAUAUGUACUCAGGAUACAGUAACAUUCAGUCACUAGCGGAACAAUUUGUCAAAGAAGUAAAACCAGCUCCGGAAGGUGCCGCAUCUCUUGUGAACGUUGAGUGUACUUUUACUCGAAACGAUCUGGCUCUCGCUACGAUACCCGGGCAAGAAGAUUUCGAUCCUUCUAAUCACUCGUUUUCCGAAGAUGAACUCAAACCACAGCCGAUAAUUAAGAAAUCUCGAAAACAAUUUGUGCCUCCGGAACACAAGGACGAGAAGUAUUGGGCUAGGAGACAAAAAAAUAACAUUGCUGCUAAAAGAUCUCGUGAAGUUCGACGCGUUAAAGAAAACCAAAUUGUCCUACGCGCAUCAUUCCUUGAAAAGGAAAACCUCGCCCUUCGUGAAGAAGUACGCAAGCUCCUCCAAGAGAAUGAAAUUUUGUUGCAGCGGCUUCACAAGUACGAGAAUUAAUGAAAUCUGUUGAUCACUGAACGAUUCCGGAAUGGGUUUGCCGCCACGAUUCGAUCAGCCGAUCCUGCAAUACCACUGAACAAGAAAACAGAAUAAUCGCUCAAUAAUUACGUAGCUUUCUAUUUUCAACAAAGUUUAUAUUAGGUUUACGCACAUUACAAACAGCAACAAAGCGUUUGUUGUUUGUACAGGCUUACUUUAGUUGACGAUUUUCAUGUUAAUGGUCACUACGGUAAUUCUCACGCCCUAAGAUCCAAUUCAGUACAGAUUCUCAAUUGUGAACUAAUGUUCAUUGAGAAAUGUCGUUAACGGCAUGACGAAUCGACCAAAGCACUGCCACAAUGUUGAUUUGUGACGUUGUCGUGAUGAAAAGACCACCACUUCAAAAACUAGCUCAGAUGACUCAAGAUAGGAUUCGUGCUUGCUAACGAGGUAUUUAAGCGCAAUCGAAUGAUCCUGGUGAUAUCAAAACGUCUAGCCAUAUAUAAAGAGCCAUUAUCAGUAUUUCAAUAGUUACUUUCACGCUUUAAUAUUUGCUGCAUAGAUGGCUUUGACAUACAUUUCUCGUCAGAGCUACGCGGGCACAGGUUUCCAGACGAAUGUCAGUUGAAUGUUCCGAAUAGCGAGCUCGGCUUGGCGUAAACGCUGCACGCCAAUACAGUUUUUGUACGAUCAGACAAUUGGCCUGCAUUAAUCUUUGCCUAAGUCCUGAGGCUUUCGCUGUGUUAAGUCUCUUUUAAUCUUUUAGUGCUGUACGCAUUGCACACUAGAUGUCUAGCUGGUAAUUUAUAUUUUCAUGACAUUUUUUCUUUCAGUUUGGCCGUUUUCUAGAAUUUACGUGAUGAUGUAACAAUUGUGCAAGCACGUAAAAGUAUGUAACAAGUUAAAGAAAUUCAUAUAACGCAAGCGAUUUCGGUUUUUAAUCGUAGUGAAGUGGUCGCAGAUGCAUUUAGUACGUCGAUGGCGUGCUGAUUUUUAGACAGAAGUGCUUUUACUGCGUUGCGAUGCUGGAAUUUAAUUAGAAACGACCCAAUUCCUAAUUAGAUUUUAUGAAAUAACGCAAAAUUAGUUAUUGUAUUGCGCACGU